UUUUGUUUACUUUCCGACGCACACCAGCCGGCGGGCAGCGUAUAAAUGGACAGAGCUGCCGUCCCCUGGACUGUCACCACCGCCACACCGCCAAGAUGUUUCUGCCACGGGGUGUUCUCUCUGCGUUCGGUCUCGCCAUCUUGUUUCACGCACAAGUAUUUGCUGAUUACAUAGCGACAGUUGGCGUCUACUAUGAAACGCUAAGCCCAAACUGCAGUGAAUUCUUCACAAACCAGCUGCUUCCGGCUUAUAGACUGGCUCCAGAUCGUUUCAACGUUACACUGUUCCCAUUUGGCAAGACUGUGAUUAGUAGCACGGAUCCUCUCACUUUCAUAUGCGAGCACGGUGAAAAGGAGUGUGAAGGACUCAAAAUCCACUCGUGUGCCGUAGACCUCAUCCACAACCAGACCUUGCUGCUAAACCUGGCGGAGUGCACGAUCCGCAACCAGACACACCCAGAAGCAAGACUGCGUGAGUGUGCCAUUCGCCAGGACAUCGAAUGGAGGCCGAUAGCGGAAUGCGCCGAGACGUCGAUUGGUGGCCAACUGCUGGAAUCCAACGGAAACAAAACUAACGAGCUGAAUCCGAGACUUACGGACGUACCCACCAUCACGUUGAACGGGAGCCAGGACGAUCAAUCAGAAUUACGCACAAACCUCUGGAAAGAGAUUUGUGAUGUGUUGCAACCGAAACCUUUAGAUUGUCCAUGACUUGAAUCACGCUCCAAUGGCUAACACUAAGGAAUAGAAGACGAUGGCACAGCACGGAUUCUGAUUGUCAGCCCACAUUAUAUUACUGUAUAAUUAAAAUGUUAUUAUGAACAUAUAUAGUCACUGUUUCAUUCGUUGCUAAAUAAAGAAUUAUUCAUAAGACCAAAAAA